ACACAAGGAAGCCACUGUGCCAUAGAGGAACGAUAUCUACCCCCCACUCCUGCAACAGUCCUGUAUUCUCCCUCAACCAGGAACUUUACAGUCCCACCAGAAGAAAAGGAUGGCCAAUGGGGGGUGAGGGCAAAUCCGUUUUUUGUUUUUUUAUUAAAUCUCUAGGUCAAUGACUAAGUACCCGAACUGGAAUCUUGAAAACUGACAAAAGUUAAGGCUAAAAUGGACAGAGAUGGAAGCAGGGAUCUGAAAAGAAAAGAUGUCACUCUCUGGGAAGGGCAUGGGGACGUUCAGCAAAUCCAUGAGAAAGGUCAGGGCAGACCCUUGGACACUUCAAUGGCUCCCUACAUACCUCAAGAAGUCAAAAGAACUACAAGUCCCAUUCACCGUCCAAUGACCUGCAACCAGGUGCCAAGGGAAGAGUUCCCUCCAAGUCCAGAGUGCUGGAGGAAACACCCCCAAAAGCCAAAUGCUGUGCCUUACUGCUACUUUAAUAAACCAGAGCUCUACACACACUGGCACAAUCUGUAUGGUGAUCAAGAUGAACCAGAGUCUCAGAAGAUGGUGCGGAAAAUAAAAGAUCGAGAUCACUCUAGGUACCGCAAAGAGGGAAGCCCCAUCUAUAAGUUCUAUCUCCCCAUGAGCAAGCUGACUAUAAAACCUCAAAUCAGAUCCACAUCCUUAGACCCCACAGGAGACCCCCUGAAGUGUCAACGAUUAAAGGAACUCACAAAGAGCUUGAAUUCUCCUAGAGAGGAUGAACAGACCUAUGCAGCACAGGCUCUGGGGUCCCUGGGAAUCAGUGACAAGUCUGUCAUGGAGACGUUACGGCAGGUGGCUCGAAGUGGUUCAGAGAAGGUGAAGUAUGAAGCCUAUCGAAGUCUGGCCAUCCUGGGUUGCCUGAAUAAGAAUGUGAUCCAGGCUCUCAUGAAACAGCUCAAGGGGCAAAAUAAAGACCAAAGGCUGGAUGCUCUGAGAGGGCUACGAAUGGGUCUGAACUCCUGGGCUGUUCUUCCCAAAAAAAAGAGGAUGCAAGUCGGAAAGGAAGACAAGUUGGUGUCUGUGCUGCAGACGCUGAUCAAGAAGUCAUCGAACGAAAUUGCUGUGGAGGCAGCCCUGUGCUUGGGUUUCCUGAGGCCCUGCAACAACACAGUCCAAGAAUUUUUGCUACAGUGCUUGUGCCAAGGGCCCAAGACUGAGCAGAUGAAGGCACUUGAGAUGCUGGUCAAGAUGAUGCAUGUCCACUCAGCAGUAGUCAUCAGGGCCAUCCUAGACCAGCUGUGCCACUCCAGUGUCCUUGAGCAUCGCUUUGAAGCCAUCCAAAUGCUAAGGACCAUUGGGCUGAAACAGAUCCAGGAACAGAAGCUAGAGGAACUCACAUUUGACCUGCUCAGGAAGAAGACACAUAAUGAACCCUUCCAUGCUAUGAGGCAGGCUGUGGCUCAACUUGUGGAAGAUCUCAAUAUGAAACCUAUGAUGUUGAACUUGGUGGAGGCGCAACUGAUAAACUCAAAUGCUGCUACACGCCAGGAAGCAAUCAUCUCUUUGGGUGUCCUGGGGAUCCGCAGCUCACAAGUGUUUCACUUGCUCCUGGACAUGCUAGAUGUGGAAAAGAACGAGUCUGUGAAGAAGAGUAUACAAGAAACAUUUGUUAUUUUGGCCUCAACUGAUCCCUGGAUCCGAAACAAGCUGAAGAACAAGGUUUUCCUUGUAUGGGAGACACUUAAGACGGACAAGAAGACAAAACCUAUAAGGUUCCAGAAAGAGCCUGAGAACCCAGAAGAGUUAAAUAUUCAAGACUUUAAACUUGCACAGCUAAAUCCCUUGUUUAUUGCAAAGUCGUGUGCCAAAGCAGACCAAGAGAAAAACCUGAGUGCUCAGAAAGAGCUGGCCUCAUAUCAUUCCUCUACCUUUUCACCUAAUUUCUUUAAAUCACAAAUCAAAGGUCACAGAGCCCUGGGUACCAAAGAUCAAAAAACAGCUCCAAAUCCUUACAGAAGCUCCCAAAUAGGUGAGUUUUUUAAGCCUCACUGAUAUUCUCCCUUUGAAUAUCUCAGGUCCUCCUGAGGAAACAAUACAUAUACUUCCUUGAAUAAACAAACAUCAGUCUCCAUAAGGCUGCUUGCCCUUCAUCAGAUGCAUCACUGAAACACAAGUCUCCUCACUCCUGGUUGUUAACUGUUCCUCCCACUCAGUCUCAUGCCCUUUUUGUGGGGUGAAGAAAAGACUGAGUCAACACUACCCUGGAUGGUCAACCUAGCUUCAUAAAUCAAGUACUUGUCUAUGCCCAGAAUUUGAAGACAAAGCUAGAGAUCUGAGUCUUUGCCCAGAGAAGGGCUGCUAAGGGGAAAAUAGGAGAAAAUCUUGGAAAUCUUGGCUCUUAAGCCAUUUCCUCUUAACUUGUCCCACCUGCCAGCUCCCUCAGUGGCCAUAUUAAAUUAUAAUCAAGGUCAAA